AUGAAGUUGCUUUUGGGCCAAUCAGGCACUUGUAUGGCCGAUGAUCUUUGGUAUUUCGUUGCUCAAGCUUUUGCCCUUAUGGUUGCUGUCGCUAACUGGGUUUGCCGAUCUGGCAUAAAGGAAGCAUUGUUAAAAACAUUGCCAUAUGUCGCUGCAAGCUUAAGGGAGGAACUAUGUGAUUCAGAGGAAAAGAGCCAGAUAGAGAGACUCGAAAAUCAAGUGACUUCUCUCACUCAGGAGAAGGGUGUUCUUGCGAGUAAGUCGGUUAGUUUUCAACAUCAACUGGCUCGUGCCCUGGUUGAUGGUGUUGUUAGCUUGGGCAGUCUGCAGUGGAUGCUAGAAAAAAGGGGUGGUUUGAGUGAUGGAUAA